AAACAAAGAUAAAGGUAAAGUCCAGCAAGCCAGAGGGAGUGGUGAGUUUUCAUUCCUUUUUGUUUCCUUUCUUUUAAAUUUUGCCGUUGCUUCCAUCAUAAUAUUAAUAUUAAUAUAUUUUUUUUUCUUUCUCUUUCUCUCGUUUUCUCUCGCUUUCCCACUGGCCUGUUCUCUGGUACCAAACAGUUUUUCGCUCUCUCCGCUUUUACCCUUUCUAUCUCUAAACACUCGCGCACUUGCUUCUCUCUCACACUCACUCACUGAAAUAAUAUGAGCAGAGUGCGUUUUGCAUUUCACCACCGGUUAUGAAUCCCACCACCGAACCAUCACAACUUCAGCCGCCACAGCCACCACAGCCCCACCGUCCUUCUACCUCCUGCAACCGUCAUCCGGACGAGCAUUUCACCGGCUUUUGCCCCUCAUGCCUCUGCGAGCGCCUCGCCGUGCUCGAGCCUUCUUCAUCCUCGGCUUCCUCUUCCCGCAAACCACCCAUUCCUACCACCAGCACCGCCACCGCUGCCCUUAAAGCCAUUUUUAAGCCUUCUGGUGGGACUGGUAGCUCUAAGCCUUCUUUUUUUCCUGAGCUCCGCCGCACCAAGUCUUUCUCUGCCUCCAAAAACGAGGGCUUCUCUGGAGUGUUUGAGCCCCAGAGAAAAUCCUGCGACGUUAGGGUUCGGAGCACUCUCUCUUCCCUCUUUUAUCAAGACGACGAGCGAAAUACUUCUAAAAGGGACUCCUUCAAAGGUCCUGAAAUCGAGUUUGAGUCCAGAAUUUCUUCCUCUAGUGUUCGAGGUCCCGUUUUUGAGUCUAAAGAAGAGGACGAAAUCGAAACCGACACCGAUAAUGAGAGUGGAGUUUUAGACGAGCCCAUUUUAACUGCAAGAAAUUCCAACGCCAACCCAAUUGAAGAGAUUAUACAGGAAGAGGAAGCUAUUGUUAUAGAGCCAGAGAAAGUAAAAGAGGAGGAGCUCAAGCCGAUGAAGGACCACAUAGAUCUCGAUUCACAAACCAAGAAGCCUUCUGGGAGGGAUUUUAAAGAGAUUGCAGGCAGUUUCUGGUCUGCUGCUUCAGUUUUCAGCAAGAAAUUGCAGAAAUGGAGGCAAAAGCAGAAGCUCAAAAAGCGGAGGAAUGGUGGGCCAGGGUCGGCCACAUUGCCAGUGGAGAAGCCGAUUGGCCGGCAGUACAGGGAGACCCAGUCGGAAAUUGCGGAUUACGGGUUUGGCAGAAGAUCUUGCGACACGGAUCCGAGAUUCUCGCUCGAUGCAGGCAGGAUUUCGUUCGAUGAUCCUCGCUACUCCUUCGAUGAGCCCCGUGCAUCGUGGGAUGGAUAUUUGAUUGGAAGAACGUUUCCGAGAAUGCCCACCAUGGUUUCUGUGGUUGAGGAUGCUCCUGUUAAUGUUGUUUUAAGGUCAGAUACUCAAAUCCCAGUUGAAGAACCACAGCCAAUUCCCAUGAAUUCCAUCCACGAGGAUGGGAUUGUUCCUGGUGGCUCUGCUCAAACCAGGGACUAUUAUUCUGAUUCUUCGUCUAGGAGGAGGAGGAGCUUCGACAGGUCUAAUUCUAUUAGGAAAACUGCUGCGGCUGUGGUGGCUGAGAUUGACGAAUUGAAGCAUGAGCAUGCUUCUGCUUCUGCUUCUGCUGCUGCUUCCGCUGCCAAUGCUAAAGUGUCACCGGCAACUGUGGAUUACUUCCUUGCACCCAAGUUGGUGGUUCCUGACAGGGAUUCAAACUCCAAUUCUUUAAGGGACGACUGCUCUGAGACUUUUGAAAUGGGAUUCAGGGACCACGCAUCAAUAGUGGGGAAUGGUGAAAGGAAGGGGGCCAAGAAGUCCCGAAGAUGGAGUAAGGCCUGGAAUAUUUGGGGGUUUAUACACCGGCGAAGUGUCAACAAAGAUGAGGACGAGGAUAUGUAUAGCAGAGCAAAUGGGGUUGAGAGGUCAUUUUCAGAAUCUUGGCAAGAAUUGAGAGAGGAACGGAAUGGAGAAGUGAGAGGAGCUUUUAAUCCAAAGAUUUGGAGGAGCAAUAGCAGUGUUAGUUGGAGGAAUUCCAAUGGUCUGGGUGGUGGAUCAUUUGGUAGUGCGAGAAAGAGCAGUGUUGAGACUAAUGGGCAUGGAAGAAAGAAGAGAGAUGAGUUUGUGUUGGAGAGGAAUAGAAGUGCAAGGUAUUCACCAAACAACAUUGAUAAUGGACUGUUAAGGUUCUACUUGACACCGAUGAGGAGUAGCCGGAGAGGUGGGUGGGGGAAGAACAAGUCCACUCAUGCACAGUCUAUUGCAAGGAGCGUAUUGCGAUUGUACUGAAUUGAAUUGGGUGGGAGGUCCAUAAAGGUGUUUCUUUGGUUUAAUGUUGUUAAUUUUGAUGCAUUUGUUGUGUAAGCACACAUGCUUAAUGUAUUCUUCAUGAGUUGGUUGGUUGGAUAGAAAAAAAAAUCACCCCUGAAUUUGUUGCCUUUCUUGUGAGUUGCAUUUCUUCUUCUCAAUCAAUUAUUCAAAUAACGAGAUUUUUCUGUGUUC